UUGAGUUAUUUAUGGAAUUUGCAAACAGUCACGGGGUUUGAUUUCAUCUUAGGAGUUUCGGUGCUCAUUAUACAGUUAUGUCGGAAAGAUACAGAUGAUGUCCCGAUGGUGUUGGUUGGAAAUAAAUGUGAUUUGGAAGAUGAAAGAGUUGUAGGUAAAGAACAGGGACAAAGUCUUUCACGCCAGUUCAACUGUGCCUUUAUGGAGAGUUCUGCCAAAGCAAAAACUAUGGUUUACGAAAUAUUCUAUGACCUAGUUCGACAAAUCAAUAAGAAAACUCCGGACAAGGAUCACAAGAACAAGAAGGGGACGGUCAAGUGUGUGCUUCUGUAAUUAAAAUAAUAUCCCAUGGAACCAAAAAGUACAUUCAAAGAUUUAAAGACUAUACGUAGUGUAAAAGAAGGCAAGUGCAGACUAAGGGUCUCUUGCAGUGAAGUUUUUUAAAACUCUGUAUAUCAUCAUUUAACUUUACUUUAGAUAUUUGUAAUAAAUAAAGUUGUCAGUUAAUUUUUCCACAAUCAAGGUUGUUAUUAUAUCUAGAUGCAAUUUAGUGAUAGAGUAUUUUGAAAUACUGCCAAUCAUGUGGUGUCAAAUAGAAAUAGAAAUUUUGUGAAUUAGUGGUAUUUGCUACUUCUGAUUCAAGACUAUCUACAGGACAAUACUUCACCAAGCAUAAAACCAUAUUUCUAAGAUUCAUGCCUAUGUGAAAGAGGACGUCUGAUGUCUGCCAUCUCUGGAUCUGAAAACAAACUACGUCUCCGUUAUUUGAGUCUUGGUAUGUCUACCAAAAUAAACUUUUUUUCUUUAACCAUAUAUGGAUGUAGUAACUUGUGGUGAGAUGUGAUAAUAAUCCUAUGGUGCUUUUCUAGUAGAUAGUGAUGUCCUUGGGAAUGAGUAUUCCAUUCUCAGAAAGGUGCACCGUUUCGAAUCACCUAGUAAUUUUACUUUUAAAUUUUGACUAUUCACACACCAUCAAAUAUGUCUUCUUACGACCAAACACGUUUCCGAAUCUAUUGUAAUGUCAAAAUAGUGUUAAGGAUAUUAAACGUCUCUUAUAUAAAUUAAUGUGCGAUGUAUCUUUGAAUUUUAAAUAUAAUUGUUGCACUUUAUGAAUAUUUCCUAUAUUUAUCUUUUAGCAGUAUUUAUUUUAAUAAAUAGUAAAAUAAUUA